CUUUCGAAAAUUGUCGCAGCGAGCAGAGCUCUUGAAAAGUAAUAAAAAAUAAAAAUUAAAUUCCUCUCAUUGAGUCGUUGUGUUCCGUGUCGAGCAAAGUACUUGAUUUUCGCAGCCAGCACGCGCGUGUGCCGUUCUCGUUUAGAUCCAGACACCAAGUCCCACCAAAGUCCAGGCCUCCCGGUCCUCCAAGUAACACUCAUACACACACACAAACUGGCACACAGUUUUUUUUCCACCUUCGAAAAACACCUCGUCAAGUGAAGUCUCGAAUCAAAAUGGUCAUCGAACCGAAGGACUCUGUUGCCCCAAAGACCAGCAGCACCAAGGAGGUGCAGUGCCAGCAUUCCGGCAGCGAUGAGCCCCAAUCGGAGCCAGUGGGUCUCCGCCGACCCCCACCACCACCCCCCCUGGUGGCAACCCCGAAGAGCGGCAGGGUGGGCAUCUUUAAUGCCGAGGACUUCCUGUCCCGCGCCCAGAUGAACGACAAGAUCAACAACAUCCUUCGAUCGCCCACGAAGGCUCCGAAUGGAGUGCGCCAGCGCUCCGUCUACACCAACAACAAUCCGUCGCCGCAAGCCACCAUGCGACUGGUGCCGUCGAUGAGCAGCCCGCUGGGCGCUCGCCUCAGCAGCUUGUCGCUGAACGCCGGCAGCGGAGGUGGCGGGGCGAAGCGGGGAAUGGAGCGCGGGAGCAGCAGCAGCAGUCUGGGGAACAGCGCCAGCGUGGGCACCAACACCGCCAUCCUUGCCAAGGAGUGCUCCAGCCAGACGAGCAGCAGUGCCCGUCCCUACAUGCACCUGGGCAUGCACUCGGCCUCACACUCGUCCUUCGGCGGCAUUCCGCAGGUGGCUUCAGGAUACGAUGGCCUGGAGCUCGAUGCCGCCAACAUCACGCGCAGCGGAAAGAGUCACACGGGUCGCUACAAUGCCAGCUUUGGCUACGAGGCUGAUGGAGCCUACUGCUUGCCCCAGGCGCAUCACACCCAACAGUUCCCGGGCCCAAUGCCCCCACCGCCUUACGCCCUGGGUCGGGUCAGCUCCCGGACCUUUGAGUUCGACAACAACACACCACCGCCAUGUCCAGGAUCAGGACCCAUUGCCAUGACCAACGGCACCAUCCAGCUGCGUCUGCGCGAUGGCGUUCGUAUUGACAUGACCUUGGACAAGGCGGUGCGCGUGCACAACCAGCGCAGCAAUGUGGCAGUCGCCCUGUCGAGGAACUGCAGCAACUCUGCCCUCAUCCACCCCAAUGGACGCAUCCUGCAGAGCGGCUCCAAGGUGGAGAUCGUCACCUACGACGGCAUGAAGGCCAACAACUUUGUUCGCUAUGCCAAAAUGUGGUACAAGGGCGUGAGCUUCACCAGCGAGUCGUGUGCCCUGAUUUACCUGGUGGACACCGCCGGGACGCGCACCACCACCGACACCUUCACCGAUUUGACCAAGGACUACACCCUGGCAGUGUUCUACGACGAUUCGCGCCACGGACCGUCCUUCGUGUCGGAUGCCCACGAUGUGAUCGCCAACUCCAGCUACAAUUGCUCCGAGGACGGCACCGAGGUGUACGACAUCAAUGGAUUCCGCAUCACGCAGGCGGCCGACGGCCUGGUGAAGGUCACCCGUCAGCACAACAAGUGCCUCAUCCGCACGAGUCCCGCCAACGGAUCCGCCACCCUGACCACCCCCGGAAUCCACUGCACCGCCUCGCUGGGAAAGACCUCGCAUCUGUUUGUCCGUCGUAACGAGAAACGCAUGCACUUCGACGGAUCCAGUUUCAUUGUACGCAACGCCGGCCACUCGGCGGGAUUCAAUGAGAACAACCUGCUGAUUGUCUACUAAGUACCGCUUGCAACAUGGGAAGUGCCCGGCGUGGGGUGGUGGUGGGGUGAGGUGAGCCGAGCCGCCGACGAACCACCGCCCACCGGAGCCACCGUAGCUCGAAUGCGCCCCCAAUCAAACAACACGCACACACACCGACACCACAGACACACAGACACCGACUCAACCGUCGACAUUGACACCUGCAGCCACCCGAUAAAAAAAGUAGAGAAAACUAACUUAGCAAAAUUCGGGGCCUCGGCGUGGAGAGGGAUCAGAUCGUAUAUGAGAAAACCGAACCCAAAAAAAAAUGUUCAUCGUGAGAAAUGCAUUUGAGAAAAGACAGCAGCUCGAAAAAGGGCGCGAGCAACGAACACGGAGAAUCCUUGGAGGCACUUCCUCCGCCUCCUCGGAUUGCUCCUCGAUUGCUCGACGUAGGCGCAACGCAACCACUAAGGAAUUAGUUUUUAGACCCUUCACAUUCCAACUAUCCCUCGAUGUAUCCGCCUUUUUUAUACGCACACACACACAGUUGUUUACUUACAGGCAAACCGCGAAUAAUUGCCUGAAACGCUGGCCAAGUUAAAUGGGAUUUCGAUCAUGGCCAGCGUUUGGUGUUCAAAAAAAAACGAAUGUAUUCGUUUCGCGUUCCACUUUCGUCUCGGCCUCAACAAUCUGUCCAAAUUUAUUCUUAAGCUUUACCUUACUACUGCAACAUUCUGGGGAUAAAACUCCCAUGAGAAAAAAAAUUAGAAGUUGCAAAAUUUCUACAAAAAAAAUACAUUCUUUUUUUAUAAUGUCUAAAUUGGACUCUGAAGAGGAGAGUAAAAAUAACGAAUAAGGCUCCGGACGAGUUGUUUGGCCAAUUCAGUUAGUUUCUAAGUUACCAGUUAAGAUACGUUCACUCAGUUAAUGCAAUCCAACCAUGUUCAUCCGCCAUUUACACACAACUUACACACUCGUCAAAAGCGAGUAUUUCAUAAGCACACAUCGAAAGUAAAACGAGAAGUGUUUUCAGUGAAGAGAGAAGCAUAUGGUGAAAAUUGCAAGUGUAGGCAGUAGAUAUAGUCCUUUAAAGUAACCAACAACCAACAACCCACACACAUUCGCAGACCCACAUAAUUCAUUUGAGGACAGCAGCAAAGUGAAAAUUUCUGACUGAAACGGAAUACGAUUUUUAAUUAGCUUACGCAACACCCGUCUGCAAAAGGCAAUCGCCUUUGAAAGCCAAGUUAGCACACACACACUCACACAUAUACACACAUGUACACAAACUACCAUACAUGCGAAUACCCCUCUAAAAAAAAGUGAUGGAGGGGGAAAAAGUGAAACACCAAAGCUACGAAACGUUGUUAGCCUUACAACAAUCUCCAAAACCCUAAAUUUACCCCCAUGUAAAUCGAAAUUUAUGUGUAAAAAAAUCGAUUUAAAAAAGUAAUAUAUGAAAAUCAAAAACAAAGUAAAUAUAUUCAGUAACUUGAAGAAUA